AUGGAGAUGAGAAAGAGGAAAGAGACGAAUUUAGCGAGAUGUGAAAUUUAUGAUUAUUCCACUUCUUCUAGAAAGAAGUACGAACGCAAAGGAAAAAUUGGAAAAAUCGAAAAAGAGGUCAGAAUUGAAGAAUGUAACAAUAAUGGGAAAAGUUCAAGCGGAAGGAAAAAGGAUGGGAAUUCCAAAUCUUCUCUUCCAAUUGGAGAUCAAAAGAGGGAAGAUGACAGGUUAAGAGGAGAAACUUGUCAAUUUACCAUUUUUGAUGAAGUAAUAGAGGACACACUGAAUGCAGAAAUGAAUAAUAACUUUGAAGAGUUUCUCGAAAAGGAAAAGAGUAAACAUAAGAAAUGGAAAAAGAAAGAAAAACAUCACAUGUAUGAUCAGAAAAUUAAUCUGACUAAUCAUGGUAAGAAAGAUAGUAGUAAGGGUUAUGACAAUACUAUUAAUAAUGUUAAAAAUAAUUUAACUGAUGAAGUGGGUUUUGAAAAACAGGUGCAUUACACACAUGACAAUUUACUCGAUGUGUCCACACCAAAUGAAGAACACGACAGUGAUUCUCUAUAUGAGGAACCUACUUAUUCGAGAAAGAAGAAAAACAGAAAGGUAAGAGACAACGUGAAAGCAUUAAUUAUGAAAUCAGAACAUACAAAUGAAAAAAGGAAGAAGGUCAAAAACGAGAUAAAUGAUAGAAUUAAAAAUUUCACUUAUGAAGACAAUAUCAGUAAUUAUGAUAUGGAUCUGUUUUAUUACUUCAGUAGUUUAGGAAAUGGGAAAAGUACCAUGUAUGAUGGAUCUGUCAAAACUAUUAGUUCGCAGAACAGAAAAAGAGGAUAUGCCAUUAUAAGAUCCAUAUUAGAUGAACUUAUAAAGAUAAGUUAUGAACAAGGAGAAAAAGAAAAAAAUAUCAAAGUGCAAAAAAGUACGAAAUGUAGAAAUGAUUUUUAUACAUCUGCAACAGGUGUGGAUAUUGAAAAUAAAAAUAGCAUAAGAGACAAAAUAUCUUUUGAACGGAUAAAAAAUUAUGAUGAAACAAAUUUAAGAAACAUGUUUUUUUUUGAAAAUAUUAAUAUAGACUUCAACGGAAAAAAGCUAGCUGUUUCCCCAUUUAAAAGUACCAUUAUUGAUGAUAUUGAUGCAAUAGAUAAUAAUACAAAAAAUUCAUUAAUUAGGAAAAAAAACUAUUGCACGAAAAGGAAAUUAAAACUACGUGAUCAUGUUAAUUACAGUAACAUCUUGACCUAUGUUUGGAUGGAGAAAUUGAAAAUAUGGGUAGAUUGUAAAAAUGACAAUUUGUUAAAUUCUUACGUUUACAUAAAUGAAUAUUGCAUUUCGUUAAAUUCAGAGGUUACGCAGUUUUUGUAUUUUCUUCUUUUUUGCAAUUCUUUGUAUGCGGAUUCGGAGGGGGUUGGAAAAAAGACAAGUAAAAAUGCGAGAGACAAAAAAGGGGGAGACCAAAUCGAGGGAGGAGAAAAGGAGGGAUGUGAAAACUAUCAAGAGGUGGAGGAGGAGGAUGAGAAGGAUAAGGAAGACAAUGAAGAUUUGGUAGCAAGGGAUGAACAAAAUCGUCAAGGGUGGCAUAAGCAAAACGAUAUAGAUGCAACAGUGGAAGGAAGGAACAGUAAAGAACCCAGUGCAUACUUUAACUUGAAGAAAAUUGUGAAAAAUAUGGAACUAGAAAUGGUAAAAACAGUGCAGGAGCAAAAUAUAUUUUUGAGUCUUUGCGCCCCAAUAAUUCACUUAGACUUCAGCAGUAAUAUCAAUUUUGUAAAUUGUUUAAGGGAUACCUUAGACUCAUUAUUUCCAAAAGGAGUAACCGAUGUUCGUAAUGAUUAUAUAAAUGGACAAAGAGAGAAUAGUAGUACACUUCACACAAGGAGAGGAAAGAAAGCACAGAAGGAAGUUAAAGGAAGGGAGAGUGAAGAAAAGGAGAAUGGAGAAGUGAAAAAUGGAAAGAAGGAGAAUGGAGAAGUGAAAAAUGGAAAGAAGGAGAAUGGAGAAGUGAAAAAUGGAAAGAAGGAGAAUGGAGAAGUGAAAAAUGGAAAGAAGGAGAAUGGAGAGGAGUUAAUGCUACAGGAACUAAUGAAGGGUCUACUAACAAUAUGUGAGAAAAUGUUCGAAGGUAAUUUUUUGGCUAUCAGUACAUGCAGUUAUUUAAACAGUUACAUGUUCUAUAGCUCAUCGAAAAGGAGUAGAAAUUUUAUUUUUAUAUAUUUCUUAUCUCAAUAUUAUAGUAAGCCCAUAUUUUUUGAUAUCAUUGAGGUUAGCCAUAUAUGUAAGAAGCUAGAGUGGAUAAAGUUUUUCGACAGGGUUGAAAAUGGAAAAGAAAAUGAAGAAACGUAUAUCUAUCUGCUACUAUGCCAAAUUGGAAAUGACAUAAAUAUUUACAGCAUUUCGAAACAUAAUUUUUUUGAUAAAUUAUACGAUUCUGUAAUGAAUGAACCCAAUUCAUUAGAACCAAUUGAUUAUAUAAGACAAAAAAUUGAAAGCAAGAAAUUUCAAAAAGUCUUUACGUACCAUAAUGAACAACCAUUGAGUGACUUUUCAUACUGCAUUUGUAUAAAUGAUAAUCAAAGGUUUUUAAAAAUUGCCUUAACGUUUAACAGCACCAAAAUAAAAGUUGUAAGUGUUUACUUGAGAGAAAUAAAUAAAGCUACGAAGGUUAAUCGUUUCAUUGAAAGGGAACAGACAACAAAUGCAUCUAUACACGCAUGUGCAGAUUAUCUGCGUAGUCAUUUUAAAGAUCCUCCAGUUGAAAUUAUUGGUCAGGAUAAUGACCUUGCUGUUUAUUAUGAUAUGGAGACUGAAGCGGUUGAAGUAGUGGAAGCUGAGGAGGAGGAUCUGCAAACAAAUGCACAGCGUUACGCGAUAGUAGUAAACAGGUAUGAACUAAAUAACCUAGGAGAAACAUCGUAUGAUGUAGGUUUUUAUGAAGAUGUUUUAUAUUUACAACAAGGUAUAAUAUCAGUGUGUUCAUUUUUUCCAUGCCUUAACUCGUACCUUCUUUGUAUUAGCACGAAAGAGGGAGAAAUGAUAAUAAUAGACAUAAGAAACAACAGAGAACUUUAUUUUUUUAAAAGAAAAACAGAAACAAUGACUCAUAUAAAAUGGCAUGAAAAUGGUUGCAUAUCAUUUGGACAAGAAAAAGGAUGCAUCAUACAUCUUUUUGAGAAUAAAUAUUUUUUAAAUAUUGAUAAACCGUGGAAUGUCGAAACAGAUAUUGUAUGUAUACAUAGUUCACUUAUAAACGAUAUGUAUCUAUUUUUAUUUGAUGAUGGUACAGUUCUUAAGGGGAAAUUGAAGGGAAAUUCAUCUAAGGUUAAAAUUAGUGAAUUAUUUUUGUGGAAAACAUCAAAUUUUCAGAUGGAUCCCGAUGUAUUAUUAAGUAUUACCUCAGAAGAGUGUGAUGAAAUUGAGUCUGUGUCACGUAUAUUGUUGUAUGAAUAUUUAUGGGGGUUACAGAAUAUUUUUAAAAAUGGGAUUAUUAUCAGGAGAUCCAAAUGUCUUGAGACAAAUAUAAACAAGAAAACGAUAGCAUUAACUCCCAAGUGUGUAUCAGUUGCUAACUUGGACAAAAAUUACCUAAUAGCGUAUGGAAAUGGCAGUGGUUUAAUUCAUUUAUUUUUAAGGAAAAAAAUCCAAGACACAAACAUCAAAGGGGGGUGA